AUGGCUGUAAUUCCGUCUCCCAAGCCGCACGUCUUCGUCAUUCCCGGAGCCUAUCACCCAGGCUCCGUUUUCAACCUAUUCAUUCAAUCACUCGAGGCAGCAGGAUUCUCCGCCGAGACUACUACAAACCGCAGUGCCGGCAACGCGGGCAUCACGGUGCAAGACGACGUAGCACACGUGCAAUCUCUACUCAUCCCUCAGAUCGACGCGGGGAAAGAUAUUGUGGUCGUCGCCCAUUCAUACGGCGGCGUGGUUGGAUCGGGAGUCAUUGCAGGUCUGGAUAAAAGGGGCCGAGAAGCUCGAGGUUUGAAGGGAGGCGUCGUUGGGAUCAUCUGCAUCGCGGCUCUUAUGACCCUACCGGAUAAGUCGCUGUUUGAGAUGAGAGGUGGUGAGGGGAUGUGGUCACCGUGGGUUGACACGAGUAAACUCGAAGCCGAAGGCGUCACGUACACGAAAAACGAGAUAGAGACCUUUUACCACGACGUCUCCCCCGAACUGGCCAAAACGAUCAUACCAACUUUAACAUCACAGUCUGCAAUGUCAGUGCAAUCGAGGCCUGCCGCAGUUGGCUGGCUGGACAAUGUAUAUGAUGGCCGUCGCGCGUACAUUCGCUGUCUUCAGGAUGGCGCGUUGCCUCUGGCGGCGCAGGAUGGCAUGCUUGCUUUAUCGGGGGUGGAAUGGAUAAUCAAGUCUCUGGAGGCUUCGCAUAGCCCGUACUUGUCGAUGCCGGAUGAGCUGACGAGCGUGGUGGCGGAGAUCAUAGCGGAGUUUGCAAAGAGCUGA